CGAACAUUGUUUCACGCAGGAUUAUGGCUUUAUUUGAUCGAUUUAACAUUAACUGUUCAUUGAUUAUAACACCUGAACGGCGGAAUUGAAUGCUCUAGGGGUAUUUUCCAAUAAUCAUCAUUGUGACAACACUCUCUACCUGGUUUUACGUAACCAUUGCAGUCUUCGUGUUGGUGUUCAUGAGGACUAGACUCGUGGUGGUUUUUAUUCAUUGUGAGCAGCCAUAGAUGUGCAAGGUCGACACACAUUUUGGGUGUUGCCUAUAGUCAACCAGUUUCUUCUAUGUGACAGUUCUUUUCUGUUGGACUUCUGGUGCUUUUACAUCACAUCACUCGAGGGAGUCAGACGCUGAAUGUUUUUGCAUGAACAGUAGAAGAAUCCGUAUUAUAAACGCCUUUGAAAGCAAAAGCUGUCAAAUUAUUCAGGAUAUGUGAUUGCUCAAAAUGCCCUAAUGGUAAAAUACACGAUUAGUAAAGCCUAAAACAACAUUUUGAAUAAGAUGGACGCCAACGAGAAUGCAGCCUCUUUGCUGGUGUUUCACAGGGACCGUCUCAACAAACUCAGGGACGGCAUAUCCCGGGUACUUAAUGCCUUUUCUGAAGUCUUGGUAGCGAACGGGCCGAUCGUGGCUACAGAACCAGCUGAAUUGAACAGAAAACUUCAAGAAAUAGAGCAGACUUCUUGGAGUCGGAUUCGGGAGCAUUUUCUGGAUAGCCACGUACCAUCAGAUGGAUUGGAAACUAGCAGAAAUGUUGCCAGUAUCCUACUGGACUUCACUAACAAACUGGACGAUGUAAAGGAGGCACUGGAGGACAGGCUUAGGGUUCUGCAAAAGCAACAAGAUGACAAAAUACAGAAAGAUAUUAAAAGCCUUCAGAAAAAGCUUGCGGAUGAAAAGGAAAAUGCUUCUAAUUUAAAAUGGAGGCACCAGGAGCUGAGCGAGACAUCCAGCUCAGAAAAACACUUCAAGACUAUCUUGCAUCAACAGCUGAAGGAAAAACAAGACAUUAUCGCUCAGUUGCAAAGAAACGGAACAGUUCAACUAUGGGAGAAAGAAAAGACGAAACUGCUUGAAGGUAGCAAACAGCGUGAGGAAAACCUUACACGAGAACUGAAGGAACUUCGUGAAGCACAUGAAGAUAUGAAAGAGCGCCUCCAACGAAGAAUAAAGGAUUUGGAAGACAAAGUGAAGCUGGAACGGAUGCGUGAUGUUGUAAACAAGAUUACUCCGAUGUCUGAUGCUGAAGCUGAAUCCGAGUCCUUAAAGCGUCAACUGUACUCAAAAGACGUCGAUCUCUCCAGGUUUGAGCAAGAGGUUGUCAAUCAGCAAAGACUCACUGUUGGAUGCAUUAAAGGAAUACAGCGUGAUUUCAGAGCCAUGGAGAACAGGCAGGAAGGCCGCAAACUACGGAAGGACGAUUUGAGGAAGAUGAAUGCCAUUUUGGACGCCAUCUUGCAGGGGGCAAGAGAAGGGAGGCUGGAUAUCCUUAAAGCAGACUUACCUCUUCACUAUAUUGCACUACCCGAGGACAUCAUCGCUCAUCCUGGCAAAAGAAUGACCAAACCCAGCGUUCUAGCUCCAGUAGUCAACCGACAUCUUGAAUUAAUAGGGGACUCCCCGCAAGCAUCACCAGCUUCCAGUCCCCCUGGUAGCCCAAAGAUGUCCCCACGCCGCAUGCCACCACUAGAGUUGUCUCACUCGGUGUCUUCCCCGUCAAUCCGGUCCUCAUCCUCCACUCCAGUACCCUCCAUAGACAUCCCACCAGAGCCUGUGACCGUCUGGAAACCAACCUCAGUGAAAAACAAGAUCUCCGUAGAUGAGGUUAAUUUUGUUACUAAGUCGCCCCGUAGCCUCGGGCCCAAAGCACCGCCAAACCCCAACACUAAUCCCUCUGGAAGGAGUCCGAGCCUCGGGCGAAAGAGCCGCGGUCCGACCCACGCUCCCGAAGCACCAAGGAGCCCUUCGUUAAUGAAGAGACGGACUUGGUCGUCACCGGUGCCGCCGAACCUCGCUGCAUUGAACCCACCGGAAAGGAGGCGGGCCGGUACGGUCACAGGAGUAGCAGGGAACUACCGCUCGGUAAGCCCCAGUCCCGUAUCAAGAAACGGCAUGGCUUCGGCGAGGAAACUGAGAGGUUCAAGUAAGAGCCAAGCUGGCAAUGGUGUGGAACUCCGGAAGGAAGAGGGGACUGGGAAUGGCAAGAAACCACGACCGAGGAGUGUGGUUUCUAAUCCAGGAGAAGUUGCCCUUGAUUCAGGGAGCCAACGAAGAAAGAACGGCUGUGUUUUAACUGAGGGUCAUCUGUCUGUUUUGCCAGAGCACCCAGACUUGAUAGACGCAGAAACUGGACUGGUGGAUGUAGUCACAGCUCGCGUAUGCUUCCCGCACUUUUCGGAAGAACAAAUACGGGAACAUUUACAGCAAUUCAAGAAAUACGACACGAAUGCAGACUACAGCUUGGACUUCAUGGAGAUGACGCAGGCAAUUCAGUCAACGGUUUCUGAUUAUUACAAACCAAGACAAAUAAAGGAAGCAAUGGUAGAAAUCGACGUUGACCAGUCGGAUUCAGUUGAUUUCUAUGAGUAUCUUGGUAUCUCAACGAUGCUCAUGAUGAAAGUGGGAAAGUCCGAGAUAUUCCGCAGUAGCAUGGUCAAACAUGCCGGCGGAUCCAUAUCCAAAGUUUGCUCCAUACAGUGAAGUGUUGUCGAGAAAUAAUGAAGUUGGAAAUUUGACUCAAAUUCAGGUGAGAGAAUCAAGUUCAUGGUUGAGUGAACAGAGCAUUGUCUGUUGUUCAUCUUAUCAGGCGUGAGCUAUUUAAAGUAAAUUGGUUGAGGUAUCGAUUCAGAUUGAAAUGAACUAUUAAAUCGUCAGCUCAGUUCUAUAAAUUCAUCAAUGGCAAUUUCAUACUUGUAAUUAUUAAAAGGUCAUAAUUAUUAAAUAAAAAAUUUGAGGAAAACAGUCGAAAUGUUUUUCUUAAAAAAAACCAAUGUUUGUUUGUUGCCAAACAGCUACUUUUGAAGACGACUCUUGAUCAUUACACCAAAACGGCGAUCCAUUAAGCCCCGCCCCAUAACGUAUUGACCAAUCACAACCCAUUGCGCAACCAAAAGUCAGACAUGCAUGCGCGUAUGCUUGGUGCGUAGCAGAAU